AGUUUUCAACAAUCUCUCGAGCCGUCAACGUGUCAAGCGGAAUAUUUCCAUCUAAAUCCAAUUGGACUUUGGUGUUUUACGCGUUUUAAAAUUUAGAACCAGCCGAGGUUUCCGUGCGGAGUGCAGCUGCCCAAAAGGACACAGACCCGCGAACAAAGCCAAACGAAAGACUUAGGAAGCGAACGCGAUGACGACAGGCAAGAGGCCAGAAACCCAGGGCCUUUGGUUCCUGCCCGUGCUGCUGCUGCUGGUUGGACAGGUCACCACACAGGAACCGGCGGCAACUCCGUCCGAAUUCGCACCCCAUGUGACGGCCACUUGCAAGGCGGGCACGAUGAACAUCAAGGUGAAGAUGAGCGCCGGCUAUACGGGCGCCGUCCACGUCCGGGAGUACCGCACCCCGGGCUGCAUGGCCAUGGGCGACGGCAGCGACUCCGUGGCCUUCAGCCUCAACCUGUGGGCCAAGCAGGGCGCCAGCGACUACUGCGGCAUCCUGGUCAGCAACGUGAGUGGAAGCAAUCGCACCGAGGAGCGUUCCAUCCAGCUGGCCGUGCGUGUGCACAAGACUCUGGAAUUGGCGGACGAUAAGUUUUAUGUGAUUACCUGUGGCAAAUCGGGCUAUGCGCGCGAUGACAAUGCCCAUGUGGUGCUCAAGUUCCUGGAGAAUGAUCACAGAGUGCGUGAGACGGUCUACGGGCACCAGUACAAGAUCCGCGCCGAGUUCUCCAAGCCAAACGAUACCUAUGGCCUGCGUGUGGGCAACUGCUUCGCUUUUGACAAGAAGAACAGGACCCAAAAGCUCACCGACGACAGCGGCUGCCCCUAUGAUUCCAAGAUCAUCAGUCGUUUUGUGCCCACAGCAGAUGGACGAGCUGCCGAAGCGGUGCUCUCCUCGAUGUUCAAGUUCCCCGAGGGAUCCGAGGUGCAUCUGCAGUGCGAUGUGAUCCAGUGCUACGGACGCUGUGUGGAGAUCGAUGACUGCAACGAUGUGGCACUGGCUGCUUUUGGCAAGGGCACCAAUGGACCGCGGAAAUUCGGGCCAAAUGAGGAGGGUUCCAGCCUGGCUGGAACCACGGUCUUUGUGCUCGAUCCCGCCGAGGCUAGAUUAAUCUCGGGCAACUGCGAGGAUGGCAUCCGACCCAGUUGGCUGCUGUGGCUCACCAUCACCCUGGGCGUACUGUUCCUGAUCAUGCUGCUGAUGAACAUCUUCCUCUGCACGGCCAUGAGCUGCAGUUGUGCUAAUACAGAGAUUAUCGAGAAGGAGCCAUCGAUCAUCGAGGAAUACGACCCGUACCGCAGUUGGCACGGCAGUCAGUAUGGAUCACGUUACUCGCUGCACGGCAGGGACGCCCACAAGGGCUACACCAGCGGUGGUUCCACGAUACACUCAAAUAGGUCUGAUAGAUAUUAAGCUGCCUCCACAAAAACAGAAAACAAAAACAAACAAACAGAAAACACACACAACACACCUCUAUUCUACACUGUAAAAUGCAUCUGCCUGCUCUCGCAAAUUAUUUUCUGGUUGCUGUGGAGCCACACACACAAUACAAAAACAAAACAAAAGCAUGCCAACAAAGUAUCUUGUAUCUGCGUAUCUCUAUGUAUCGUAUAUAUCUCCUGUGCCCGCCCUGCUGGACUGCAAAACAAAAAAACCACCACACAACAGAUCACAAAAACAGAAAAUACCAAAACAUAGAAUGAAAAACCAUUUCGUGCCUAGUACUGCAACUGUAAUUAACCGAUAGUAAUUUGCAUUUGUCUACCGGUAAUAACUAACUCUCUUUACCUAUCUCAACGCCUCUCCAAAAAAAAGACAAUCGGAUAACUAACCGCCAAUUUGAUAGAGUUGCUAACUUUCCCUGACCCCCCACUUUCUGAAAUUUCAAAUGUAUUGUAUUAAAUCUAAAUCUAAACUUAUCCAACGUACUUCGAAGGUCGAUGCCAAUCGAUAAUGAUAACGAUUAUGCAAUUGUGCAUUCGCGUCCAGGCUCUAGACAUUCCACGUUACACGGACAGCGCGCCCAUCGGGGACCGCCCAGUAAUAUAUGAUCAUGUAUCAGAUCCCAAUCGAUAGAACGAGACAAUAAAGAACGCUAAUUUUGUAAGCUAGCCUAAGUAUUUCCCAUCUCGAACUUGAGUCUCAAAUGUACAUAAGAGAAAAUGCUCGCCCUGCAAGUUUUCCAAAUUUCUCCAAAA